CAGUGGAACAUUUGUCAAUCUGAAAACAUACGGAAAGAUUGUUGAGUCGCGAAGUGAUUACCGUGAUGUAUUUUUGGUUUUCCUGUCGCGAAAUACAGGUCGGGAUCACUUAAACUCGUCGGCAAUUGCCCAUUGUUUAGUUGUAGAUCUCUCGUUCAAAAGCCAGUGUCGUGAAUUGUCCAUGUAAGAUGUAAAUAGCCAUCAAAGGAGUUUUGUUUAUCGACCGACCGACCACUUAUCAAUCACAACUGCGUCAGUCGGCCAGCACGGAGGCGGCGGCGGACGGGAGGAUUCGUCACCCAAAUAUACACCGCCGACUCGAAUUAUCAAGCGGAAAUGAAUCUUAUCUAUUGGUUCAGCGGAAUUUUAACUGUUCUAACGGCCAUCAUUUACUACUAUCCGGCGUUCUUCUACAUCUUCCUGUUUGUAUUGUACUCGGCUAUUUUGGUCGUUUGCGCAAUAUUUGGUACGAUCUAUGUUCAUUUCUGUUUAUCAUCGAAAACGCAACCGCCAAAAAAUCAUCAACCAUCAAAUGUCUUAUACAAUGCUACUAGAGCCAGUAUUUUUGACCCACCUAAUCCUAUCAAGAACCCAUCAAACCUGCCUUUGCUUUUCGGCAAAACCGUUGACCUACAACUGCAACAAAUCAUCGAAUACACGCUAAGAGAUUUUAUAUCACCAUGGCUGGGAUAUGUUGUAACUAGGCCGAAACUUCUAAUAGAUUUACUUAGAGAAGAUGUUUGGAAUGCAAUCCAGAAACUACGCGAGCGAGCCGUCAAAGUUGAUGCUUCAAAGAUGAUCGCCGUGGACAUGGUGACUAAAGCCACUAUUCAUUUAGAGAAGAUUCGUAUAGCUGAGGCUAGAGCUUCAGAGUCAACAACACAGCCCACAUUUGCAGUUAAUUCCUAUCUUCAAUCAGAGGAACGCGAGCUACAGUUCUUGCAACGGCUCAGUGAAAUAAUGAUAAUUCUCUUACUGCCACGAGGAUAUUCACUUUCUCCACUUAAGGUUCUUCUCAGCGAAAUACUGUCUUACAAAAUAUUUUUUCCAUUGAUCAAAAUGAUAACAUCGCCGGAUUAUAUUAAUCAGAAAAUUGUUCAGAACAUCGAGAGUCGUCUAGCAACGGCUGCAAUCAACAAGCGCAGUUAUGAAUAUGCCGCAAGUUUUGAGGAUUUUUUAAAAAUUAUACAAAACUCCACGAGCUUGGAGGAACUCUUACAAAUAAGAACCAGUAUUAUCAACGAUCUUAUGCACGCGACAACAAUGCAGAAUCUUCAACGGGCGAAAGGACUAGAUCCGGAGAUCGAGGAGAAUUGUCUCUCAAGAUCAGAGCUCUCGGCAGCCGUACGACUGAAACGAUACAUACAGCAACUAACUUAUGCCAAAGCACAAUGUGAAAAGAAUUUAAUGAAAUUGGGAUGGGAUGGACACUUCACUAAUGAUUUGAAUCUCUCUAUGUUGGACAUUCUCUCAACCGUAAUAGGUCGCCGUUACUUAACAAUAUUCCUUGAGCCAUUGAAAGCCAGCUCAUUAGUUGGCUUCUACUCAUCCGUGGAGGAAUUGAAACAUGCCCCGAAACCGAUGUGGCACCAACUCGGUGCUGAAAUAUUUUAUACUUACAUACGCGUACCAAUGCCAGAAAUCAUAGUGGAUAAGACUGAACGAAAGAAAAUCGAGACAUUUUUACUCGGUGAUUCUGGAGCCGAGGUUCUCUACGAUUUACAAAAGAAUGUUCUCAAAACACUUGAGGAGAAAUAUUAUCCAUCGUUUUUACUAAGCGAACAGUACAGGCAAUUGAAAGAGGCGCUUUCAUCUGAGGAUAUAAAAGAGAUAUCUUUGGUGUCAAUUAAAGAAAGUCAAGAUGACCCAGUGACAAGUUUCGAAAACGAUUGUAAUUUAGAUUUCACAACUAAUUCAACUUAUGCCCGAAAUAAAUUAGAACAGCUGCAAGAAAGGCUAGACAAUAAAAAUCAAGCACUGGAAGCUUUGAAAUCGUCAGUGAAACCUGAGUCCAAAGUACUUUCAAUCCUUGAAAAGGAAGUAGAUUGGUUGCGAGGUGAAAAACGACAAAUCGAAGCUCAUCUGAUACGAACUGACGCUUGGAGUGAACAUCUGGGGAAGUGGAAAGCCAGCAUACAGAGUGUUGAUGUACCAGACGACAAAGAAUCUCUACAAUUUAUGAUAUUGGUGCAUGUGGACGAAGAUAUAAAUGUUAAUCACUCGCAAUCAGUCUCGAAUGGAAAAUGUGAAACGGACAGCAUUUCGAGUGGUUGGGUUGUGCUACGAUCUCUAAAUCAAUUUCAUGAACUUCAUAGAAAAUUGAGACCAUUGUGUAAUGAUUUGAAGUCUUUUGACUUACCGAACACAUUUAAACUCUUCUUUCUCAAGAAUGACAAAAGCUCUUUAGAAAAAGUGAAAGGUCAAAUCCAAAAAUAUUUGAAUUUCAUCCUCGAAAAUGAUCACCUGAACAGUAGUGAGGCUGUGUAUGCAUUUUUAAGCCCUAGUUCUGAACACCUUAAACAAGCUACUCCCUCUCCUAAAAAAUCGAAAUUUUCCCUAUCAACCCUAUUCAAAAGUGAUUCAGGUAAGUCGGAAGCUUGCAAGAACGAUCCAUUCUGGGGCUUAACCGGGCAUCGAGAAGAUGACGACAUAUCAAUGUACCUUGACGGGUUCGAUACGGAAACCAACAAUAAAUUACACACCGAUGGGGAUAGCAAGGAUUCAAUAGCUGAGCCGUUAUAUGCCUUAAUGGGUGAGAUAUUCGAUAUGGGUGGACUGUUCAAAUGGCUUCGAAAGAGCUUGAUAUCUUUUGUACAGAUAACAUAUGGACGAACGAUAAAUAGACAAAUUCGUGAUUCAAUAAGUUCAUUGUUUGACGAGUCGAUGUUACAUUUCUAUGCAUCGACGGCAUUGAAAGCAUUCUGGCCAGGUGGAGUGCUGGCUUCAUCAUAUCCUGAACGAUCUGAUGAUAUGAAGGAAAUGACAACAAAUGCAGCUAAAGCGUUGCUUAUCGAUAAUAUACCUGAGGUUUUAUGUAAUUUAGUAGGAGCACAAACAGCCAAACACGGCGCACUCAAAGUUUUUGAAGCGGUACAAAAUGCUACGUACAAUAAGCAGUUAUUUUAUGACCUAUUGGAGACAGUAAUGUUGGAAAUUUUUCCUGAAAUUCGUCAACUUAAACCAACAACCACGAAAUCUACCAUAAACUCGCAUAUUAAAUAAAUGUGAUUCAUGCAUGCUUUGUAGACUUAUGAAUGUUGCAUAUAAAACUCAUGAUCAAAACACUGAUCUUCAGAAUGCGAUAUAAACAUGAGUAAGCGACUCUCGUUUAUCUGAAUAUUUUAUUUGAACGUGUAAAGAUAUGCUCCAGAAACCCGUCAAAGAGGAGAAUGUGCAUAUGAUAUGAUCGUUUGUUCAGUUUUAGAUUACUUUUGCAAAGUAGUUUAUGGAAUUUUUUUACGUUAAAGGGUAUUUGUUAUUUUGUUAUUUUUUAGCUGUUUGUUAUCCAAAAUAACGGAUCAGUUCCAGUAGAUGAAUUUUAGAUAAGACUUAAAAAAGGAAACUGUGCUAUUAGCAAUUGUAAGGCAGCUUCAUACGUGCUAAAAGUAAAUAUAAUUGAAUGAAGCGCUGCUUUCAAUUGAGCUUGGUAAUGCUUUGCGGAUAAAAUUGCGAGAAAAUUAGAAUUGGCUCUACUUUCAGAUUUGAGUUUCGCGUGCAAGAGUAUCGUUUAUUACUGAUGUUGCAGAUUAGCAUGCUGCAUGUCUACUGAAUCUUACCUAAACUUAGGUCACAAGACACAAUUUAAAGAACUCUCACUAAACAUAAACAUGAAGUGCAAACACCUUUUCAUUCUUUUAUAAAACAUUCCGUAAAAGCACAAAGCAUUCCAAGAAAAAACAACUGAAAUGGUCACUUAAAAACACUGUGAAGAAAAUUUUGUAUCAAAGACCAAUAUUUCACACGAGGGAGAAUCGAAUGUUUUUCAUUCUUUCUCGCUUUCAAAAAUCCAGUGGAUAUUUUUUAAUUUUCAAACUGAUAUAAAGUAUACAAUUUUUUAUUUUUGAUAUUCUAUACGAUAUUAAUAUGCAAAUAAAUAGUUUCUAGAUACACGUAUAAGUACCCUGUCUGUGUAUGCAAUUGUGCAUGUAUAGUGCUCUAAUAAUGUCUAGUCAAAAACAUUCAAAGAAUACAGAAUACUUUAAGUUGAUAACAAAUGUUGAUAAUUGAUGUAUGUAACACUAAUUGAUGGCGCUGAAGAAAUUUGAUAUUUGUACAUUGUUAAUCAAUGUAAAUAACGAUGUUAUAUGAAAAUAAAAAUGUACUAAAUUCAA